UAAAAGUAACUUGAAACAACAGUUGACGCUCUUAAGGUGAACACUCCGUGUUGAGAAGCAAUGAUCUAUUCUUUAAUUGAAAAAUAAAAAUAUUUUUCAUAAAUCAUUCUUAUAUUUAUACUUGUACAUUUCUUUUUUGUAUAGUAAAUAAAAUAAUUCAAAAUGAUUCUCGAAAAACCAACAGAAUCUCAAAUGAAAUACUUAAAAACUUUGAAUUUUUAUCAAAAUGAAUCAAAAAUGGAAGAAGACGUCGAUAUAAUUAUCGACUGGUUAUCAAAACAACCUCAUUUACCUAAUGUUACAGACCGCGUUUGGUUGAAACAUUUUCAUAUUGCUUGCAAAAAUAAUCUGCUUAAGACCAAAAAUCUUCUUGAUUCAUACUUUGUCAUACGAGCAGAACUACCUGAGUUAUUUGAUGACUUGACCACCGAUGCUAAAUGGGUUGAAAAUGCAAUGAGAAUUGGAAAAAUAUCACUUAUGCCUAAAUUAACACCUGAAGGAGAUCGCAUACAAAUAUUUCGGACAGUAGAAAACAACUCGGAAUUUGAUCCUCAAGCAAUGUUUAAAGGAAGUCUCAAAACAAUUGAUUACCUGAUGCGACGGGAACCCAUCUACAGUAUGAUAAUUAUAAUAGAUUGUCAACAUUUCCGACUAUCAUAUUUACUUAGUUUUACUCCUUCGUUAACCGCAAUGCUAGUGAGAAGCAUUAAAGACGCCACUCCAUUAAGGAUAAAAGGUUUACAUUAUGUAAAUCCACCUAAAUUUAUAACCCAACUCGUAACUGUUUUCAAAAUAUUCUUGCCAGCAAAAGUUCAAAAAAGAAUAAUGGUACACGAAAGUUAUUCUGAUCUUCAUAAAUAUGUACCAAAAGAAGUGUUACCCGAAGAAUAUGGUGGUGAGGAGGAGUCUAUUAUAAAACUAGAAGAGGAACUGAUAAGAAAAUUUAAAGAAGAUGAUGAAUUUUGGAAGACUAGACCUCAAGCUGAUUUAUCAAAGCGUGUAAUUCAACAAAAACCCAAUGAAUUAGAUAUGCAAGGAACAUUUAGAAAGUUAACUAUUGAUUAAGAAUUUCCUUAAUAAAUUUUUUGAGAUAACGAAAAAAGAGAGCUCGUUAAAAAUACAAAAUUCAAUUGUUCAAAAAAAAAAAAUAAUAAUU